AUCGAUUAUCAUUUUGAAGCACGCUGUUAAUAUUUUAUUGUGCGACUAAAUUUGUAUGAUUUUUUAAAUUAAACAUGGGCGCCGACGACAGGAUAGACCUCAACUGUGACAAUUGCCAAGAUGCAGCCAAACCCAGUCAAAUAUAUUCGGCCCGGAAAGCGUUUGGCGGCCGAAAAGUGCUGGAUAUUCUUCAAACUGUAACACAUCGAAGCAUACCGCUCUCCAUACCUGUUAAGCUAUGCGCUCCCUGCACCUCAUCGUUGCUCUGCACUGCGACUUUAAUUGAAAAGUUUCAGAAAUUGGUUAAUACAUUUUCGAAAGAAAAUCCACUUGCAGAAGGAGUUGACGUCGUUACUGAUGCUGCAGCAAAGCCCAAGGUCAAACCAAGAAACAUGAGAUCAAAGAGUAUGGUUGUAGAGAGAACCCCGAUAUUGGACAUUAGUCUCAAAAAACAGCCACCAAAGUCUCCUGCUAAGCAAAAAAUGUCGGAAAGUGUUGCAGAUAAAAACAAAUCCGAAGAUCAGCAUGUGACGUGCGACGAAAGUCAGCUAGAUGGCAUCAAGAUUAUACCGUCCAAGGAAACCCUCAAUAUUACAUCAGAAAACCAAAUUAAAAAACUCGCCGUUCUUAACCCCUACGCUUCGAACGACGAUAUAAAUGUUAACGAAUCUGCAAGUGAGGACGAGUUUGUUGAAAAAGAGGAUAACUCGAUAAAGUAUAAAAAACCCUCUCUUUACAAAUGUAAGCUCUGCGAAUUCCAAACCAAAGUUCCAGGGGUCUUGAAAAAGCAUUUGAUGGCGGAGCACGGUCAGAAAAGACCUCGCGUACAUGAAUGCACUCUGUGCCCGAAAGCUUUUGGACAGGAAAAAUCAUUAAAAAAGCAUUUAGCUACCCACGAUGAAAAUGAACUCACGAGAACCAACGUGGCCAAACCAGAAAUAGUUAAAACACCAGUUGCUACCACAAAUUCCCAUCCGGAAAAGGAGUCUGCGGCAGUCAAGAGUCCAAUAAAGGAAAAGCUGCAUGAACAUGAAAAGACUGUUGAAUAUACAUUUGCUGUCAAUGGCACCGACUCCUCUACUCCGAACCCUUCCAAAAGAACAGGACGCGGCUUGGAAUUCAAGUGCGAUAUAUGCGAUUCGGAUUUAAAGUCUGUCAAAGCAAUGAAAGAUCACAUGAAAUCGGCUCAUGACAUAUCCGCCAUAAAAUUAUUUGUAUGCGAAUUGUGCCAUUCAAAGUUUUCAACGAACCAACAAUUGAAGAAACAUUGCACCAAAAAACAUAUGGCUACAGCAGCAGACCCACCUGAUACCAGUGCAAACGGUGAAAAGGGAUACGAAAGCCCCGAUGUCAUUGAAGCCAUGAACUCAGAUGUAGAGGAGAUGCGAUUGGCCUCAUCCAGCAAGAAGGAACCAGAAACGAAAGAAGCUCUUUUCAAGGUGCCAAAGCAGAAGCGUGCGAAGACAUCCUUCAAUGAAGCGCAAGAAGAAAUUAAUGCAUGCGUUGCCAAUUCAAUUGCUACUACAGAAAAGGCCAGCAAGCGUAAAACUAGUGAGAAUAUGAAUACAUCACUCACCCAAAGGAUUGAGCAAAUUGAUCAAACUGAAGCAUCACCAUCGAAACCAAAUGAAAACAACCUUAGCAAUUCGUGGAAGAAAAUGGUCGAAUCGCCAGUAGUCCCCAAAAUAAAGCGGAAUAAGCCAGAGGCCGAUGAAGGGCCCGCAAGCCCAUCCAAGAAAAAGAGAAAGGAGAAAAAAUAUUCUGAAUCGUCAGUCGUCGAUUUGCCCGACGAAGUUAAUAUCGAUGUGAAGCCCCAUAAAAAGGAGUCGUUGAAUUCAGAUGUCGGGGAGAUGGAGUGCUCCAUUUGUGGAAAAACAGUGAAGUCGCGGACUCGCCUUGACUCGCACAUCCAGAAAAAGCACAAAAACAUCCUCAAAUGUCCCAAUUGCAAAAAGUUCUUCAAAUCAGUCGAAUAUGUCUCACACUUUAGUUUCAGCUGUAAUUCAGAUAAAGGUUUUCCUUGUGGUGUCAAGAUAUGCAAGAAAGUGUUUCACAGAGCUGAAUACCUGAGUGGCCACUUAGAGAAGAAGCACGAUUACAUCUGAAGCAUACUCGCAGAUCAAUUAAAUGCUCUGACAACUUGGUAACGAAAAGAUAAAAAGUUUUUUGUUGAUCAAUAUAUACAUAUAUAUAAUUUUUGUUUUAUUUUCCUGGCAAUCGAACUUUAAUAUAAUGUUUUGUAUAAUUUUUAUUUCUGAGUUUUACAAAAAGAAAAAAUUUUUAAAUAUAAUCGCAUAUUUCAAAUUUUGAUUAUUUUAUGUCGCUAAGACCUUUCAAGCAGUUGCUUUUAUGUGCAUGCAUCGAUAAUUUUGUAACCCACCACACCAUAAGGCAACUAAACACAUGCAUAUGUAGUUUAUUGAAAAGAUCUAGUUCAUUUAUUCGAUCACUUUCCA